AUGCUAGGCACCAAGAGUGCCGACAGCUAUCGACUGCUCAACUACAUACCUCAACCCUUCCUUAUACCACGCCGUGGUGAACCCAAAAACAUGCCUGCGCCAGGCGACCAAUACGGCAACGUGAAGAACCCGUUCGAAGAGCGAUGCAACGACAAAUUCUCGGCACGUGAAGCAGCCACAAUACAAAAAUGUCUGAACAAGCAGCUCGGGCCUGAAUAUAUUUCACAGCGGCCGGGUAAUGGAGGUGGCAAAGUCGCGUAUCUCGAAGGAAAUAAAGCAAUAGCCCUUGCAAACGAGAUGUUUGGAUUCGAUGGCUGGUCUAGCUCUCUAGGACAGGUCCAAGUCGACUUUGUCGACGAGAACACACAAAACGGCAAGGUUUGCCUUGGAUUGUCAAUAAUCGUGAGAAUAACCUUGAAGAGUGGUACCUACCACGAGGAUAUUGGCUACGGCUCCAUAGAAAAUGGCAAAGGGAAAGCCGCUUCGUUCGAGAAAGCCAAGAAAGAAGCCGCCACAGACGGACUUAAGCGCGCGUUGCGCACAUUCGGCAAUGCUUUAGGGAAUUGUCUGUACGACAAAGACUACCUUAAGAAAGUGCAGGGCAUGAAGGUGAAGCCUGUCAAGUUCAACGAGGAGAACUUACACAGACAUCCUGAUUUUGCGCCGCCACCUAAGCAAGAGGAGACCGUGGCCAUGAAGAGAGAGAUUCAAACGCCAGCAAAAUCUAAUCAAAUGACGCGAUCGCAACUAGACACUGUGAACAAAUCGAUUGUGGGUGAAUUCGAUGAUGAGUUCGACGGCAACUUGUUCGAUGGGGUUGAUAUUAGCGAAAACAACGGUGAUGACUUCACAUUCGAGCAGUCGGUACCGCAAAAUCCUAGGCUCGCAAUGCCGACAGCUGCACAGAACGGCGCAUCCGUGAACCAACCGACAAAUGCUCAAAAUCAUAGGCCUCAGCGGCCAACCAAUCAACGAAUACAGACUGCGCCAUCCACAAGGCCUCAGAAUGGAGUGCAGCAGCCAAAUCACGUUGCUCACGGGAGACCACAAGGAAAUAUACAGAACCCCCGAGCCCCGCAAACUCCAGCACCGCAACAAAACACAGGUCGCCCAGAUUUGAGCAAGCCACGGGCAUCCACAGCAACGAUAGAUAUUCAUGCUGUACCGAAUCUUCAGAAUGCUCCGCUUCAAAACAACCAACAAGCUCAGCAAUCAUUGCAGAAACAACCUACUAGACCCACGCCUCCUCACCAACAAUCCAGAACAGGAGCUCAAGAAAAUUCCACCUCCAGCGCUGAACAACCUUCACCCGCAAAUCGACCACACAUCGGCUUCACCACAUCUCGUGCCGCCGAACUGGUGCAGAACCCCGAGUCAACCUCGGCCCUCGCUAGCAUUCCCACAUUCGACCCUCAUGCGGAAUCACCCAUACCAAAAGCGCAACGCACAGCAGAUCAUACUCGCAGUCUACCAGUCAAACGCGGCGAGAUCACUGCAUUCCCAGCAUCUACUCUCAAUACAUCGAAUUCGGUACCUAACAAUGGUGGUGAUGUUGUUGGUAGUGGAAAUGUGCUCAAUCGAUCAGGUGGAGCACCGAUCCCUCGAGGAGUAGGGGGCAACAACGUUAAUUUCACGAACCCACAACAGGAUAUGAAUCGCCGGAUUGGUAUGCCUGUUGGGGGUGGGAGCAUGAGUCCCAGUAUGAACCGUACUGCAUAUAAACCUCCGAUGAAAAGACCUCCACUGCAGGAUGUCAGCAACAACAAUCAGCGCAAUGACGCUACUAUUGGCGAACCGGAUGCAAAGAGAGUGAAAAUGGACGACGGAGGCACAUCCAGAACGGACAACGCCAGCAUUGCCCACGUUUCUUGA